UAAUAUUACUGAGCUUGGGCUCUAACCUCUCUUCUCAAUCAGUUUUAGUUGUAAGUUACUUACUAACUAUGGUUUUAAUGACCUCAAAGUGUUCAUUGCGAGUCUUUUUGAGUGAAUAAAAACCCUCUUUUGUAUCAUACGCCUACCCUCAUUUAACCUUUAAUUAUGAUUUGAGCAGACAAAGUUCUGAUUGGCGGAAAUUAACGAUGACAAAGUCCGUGCGUAACACCAUCAGUUCAAGGGCUGAAGACCGGCUGUUGAUCGUAUCUAGGUUCUCUAAGUUCGAGACAAUCUGGUCCAUAACUGAGUCUUGAGCGAGGAAAAUUAAGAAGAGAAAGACUUCCACACUUUAAAUAGGACUGAAGAAAAAAACCUUUGUUCAUGGCUACUAAUGACGAAGAUCUCAUACAGGAGAGAGAUGGUGAAUACCGCAACAGCAAAACUGCGCUGGUGCUAGGAGUUAGAAUGCCUCCUUUUCAGGCCACGGGAUUCAAAGAUUUCAUAGAGAAUUUUCAGACCAGACAUGAUGAUGUCUUUAUUGUCGGUUUCCCAAGAUCAGGGACCACGUGGCUUCAAGAGGUCACUUGGCAGAUCUUCAAUGGUGGAGAAGUUACCCAAGUGCCAAUUGGUCACCGAGUUCAAUUCUUUGACGAGGCCACAUUUCCUCAUACCACCCAGCCAGACAUCACCACUAGACCCAGUCCUCGCCUCAUGAAGACUCAUCAGCCAUUUCAUACAAUCCCCAAAGGAACAAGCGAAGAAUCAAGAUGUAAAUACAUCUAUGUUGCAAGAAAUCCCCUCGAUGCCGUUGUUUCAUACUAUAAUUUUGAGAGCAAAAUGGCGCCUAUUACGGACUAUUCUGGGCCAUUUGAAUUUUUUGCGGACAUGUUUAUAAAGGGUCAAGUAUAUUGGGGACCUUGGACCGAGCAUGUUCUGGAAUGGUGGAGACACAAAGAUGACAAAAACGUUUUGUUUCUCAAAUACGAAGACGUGAAGAAGGACUUACCAUCUCAAAUACGCCUAAUAACUAAGUUUCUGGGCAAGUCCUUGACAGAAGACAUGGUGGACACCAUAGCUAAACAGUGUACCUUUGACGCCAUGAAAAAUAAUUCAUCGGCUUACUGGAUGAUGACUCGUGAUGGCGAACUACCCAACUUCCUCAGGAAAGGUCAGGUUGGAGGCUGGAAAGAUUACUUCACUCCCGAGUUGAUCCAGAGGUUUGAAAAAGAAGUGCUGAGCAGACUGGAUGGUUCUGGGCUCCAGUUUGAUCUUGGUCAAUGACCUAUCAAUCAAGUAUAUUAUUUAGAACAUUGUAUUUUUACCAGUUCAGCGCGUGAAAAGGAGAUUAUUGUUUUUUUUUGGUUUGUUUGUUUGUUUUUUUUUUCCAUUCUUUGUAUAAAUAUUCUUGAUCAUUGUAAUCUGUUCAUGUGCUCCGCAUACGACGGCGGGGCCGGGAUCCAAAUCUGUUUGUGGCGAAGUUUCCAGAAAUCGAGAGAACAAUUUAGAACAUUGAAUUACCACGUCACUAUUUUUAUGAGCUGUGCUAGAAACUUCUCCUUAUUCCGGAACAUUCUGUUGAGUUAUUAUUUUAGGGAUUUCUCAUCAUUAGCGGUGAGCGAGUAGAAUGUUCUUACUGCUAUAAUUAGAGUUUUAGAAAUAGGUAUGGGUUGAAACGUUUUGAUUUGGCCCUAAGACCUUAAAAUGAUCUCAGAACUGAGCUCGCAAGAAAAAUUUGUAAUUGACUUCUUCCUGUUAUGCAAGCAUCUCUUGCAUGACUGGUUUAUCAACGCGGAGUAACACGUUACGCGGGUUCACAAGAAUGUUUAUCAUGCAAAAGCGCAACAGUCCGAUUUUGCUGAUCUGUUCGUUUUCACAGUUGAUUCGUUAUCUUAAAUUUACCUAGCCACGAGCCGCAGAACAGUUGUCUCUUAAGAAGUCCUAACUGACAGUUACGUUCCCUUGCUGUACGUAAAGCAGAGCGAAGGAAAAACUUCACACGUCGCAUUUGCUGCUUACCUAAGCGAACGUAAGUGUGCCUUUUCAAUAGCAACAGACUGAGUAUAAUGAAGUGUAUGCGAGCGAGCUUAUAGUUUUCACUUAGGUGAAUCCGCCGUUUGUGGCGCUUUUGUGUCUAAUUGAACUUUUUUUUUUUGUUUUUUUACUCUAAGAAGUUUAUUCUGUUUUAAUGAAAGUUUAAUGAUAUAUUACAAUAUUACAAUAUUACAAAAAAUAUGCACUGCCCGCAGUUAGCAAAGGCAUCUAAGAUAAAUGAAGUCAUUUCAUUAUUGCUUAAGCGGGAGUAUGUUUUUGGUAAUAGAGAAGUUAUGUAUAUUUUCAAUAGAAUAUGAACUCUUGAUAUUAUCCAUCAGCUUAGAUGGAUAAUAGGAACAGCUUAGAUGAACGGCGUUGAGCCCGGGCAACCGUGACUCGGUUUUAGCCAGGCAUGAUCAAAAAUUCUCAUGGCGCUGAGAUGGCGGAAUGGGAUAAAAAACAGCGGUGGGAUGCGAGAUUGAUAAAGCCUUGGUUGGAACCUCAGUGAAGUGAGAAAAAGCAUUUCAACUAUUACUGCCAAGUUAAUCAACGGUUCGCUUACUAUACUCAUUUUGUCGGUAUUAAAAGAUAUCUCGAGUGACAUUUUCCAACCUUUUCGCACAGUAAAAGAAAUAUCUCUCAAAGUCUAACUUAAAGUAAAGGCAAAGGAUUGCAUUUAAGACCAUUUAAUGAGUUUUAAGACUAAGGAAAGGACAUAUACUGCAGAACUUUUCAAAAGCCCUCAGCUGCCAUUAUUCCUGCAUCUUCACUUUCGAUUUCUUCCAACAUAAUGUCCACCACAGCUGUGGUAUACUUUGAAAGACGAUAGGGAGAAUUAAAUUCAAAUACAAUGUCCUAUGUAUUGAGCAGAAAAUGCAAAGAAUUAAGCGUCCCUGAAAAGCGUCUGGUUUCGUCAUCGUGUUGCGUAAGAAGCGAUUCCAAGUCCAAGUAAGUUUGUGUAGCAUCUUUCUAACAGUUAAAGGUAGUUUUGAGUUUAAAAGAUGAUCAAAAUCCGUCAAAAGAGAAAUAGUUGUGUGAAGUCUCGAUCGAAGGCGGCGGAGGGUCCACAGCUCAGUCAGUUAGCGUGAGAACUUAACGUAAAGAACUUGCAGUAUAAUUAAAGUAUAACCAAAUAUCAAAUACACGCAAAAGUUGAGCUUCUAGCUCGUUUGCUUUGAUGCUG